AUGGCGACACAAGCAUUCGACCCCUCGCACGUCGACCUCACGACAGCCGACAAAGCCGAGGUAAUCUGUUACUUCACCGUCGGCGAAAACGAAUACAACGGUAUGCUCGGCGCGCGUAUCUCGUCCAUCUUCGUCAUCGGCUUCGUCUCAACCCUCGUAACCUACUUCCCCGUCGUCGCGCGCCAGAAACCGUCUUGGAAGAUCCCACUCGGUCUCUACACCUUCGCGCGCUUCUUCGGUGCAGAAGUAUAUGUCGAAAGGCAUUUUGGCGUGAAGAAAGAAGAGAGCGAGGUUUCCAACAACGCGUUUCUUCGCUCUGACUACAGCAACAACACCAGCGGAGUCGCACCAGGAGCAGCCAUGGUGGACCCAGAAUCCAACGAUAAUAACCCAACUCAAGACCACCAAAACGGGGACCAUCAAGACCACCACCGCAAACACACAGCAAGCCUACGCAGCUACCACUCCUCGUCCUCCCUCUGCACCACCUCAACAGCAGCCCGCCUCUCCUUCGCCCAGCAAAUCGGCGCCUUCCUCGUCCUCGAAUUCGGAAUCAUAUUCCACUCCGUCAUCAUCGGCCUGAACCUCGGCGUCGUCGGUGACGAAUUCAAAACCCUCUACCCAGUCCUAGUCUUCCAUCAAUCCUUCGAAGGAUUAGGAAUCGGGGCCCGCUUAUCCAGUAUCUCCUUUCCUAGCGACAAGGCCUGGAUGCCGUGGGCGCUUUGUGCCUUAUAUGGGCUCACGACGCCGCUGGCUAUUGCGGUGGGGCUGGGCGUUCGGACGACGUAUCUACCGGAGAGUAAGGUUAGUUUGAUGGUGCAGGGCGUGUUGAAUGCGGUUAGUGCGGGGUUUUUGGUGUAUAGUGGGUUGGUGGAGUUGUUGGCUAAGGACUUUUUGUUUGAUAGGGAGAGGACGAGGGAUUUGGCGAGGUUGGGGUUGAUGGUUGGGUAUGUGUUUCUUGGGGCGGCGGUUAUGGCGCUGAUUGGGUGGUGGGCUUGA